CCAGCCUCGCGGGCCCUGAGUGGCUGGGCGGCGGCGGAGGCAGGGGCAGGGGCUAUUUAAGCGGCCCGCGCCGUGACAGCUCACUUGCCGGCUGCCGGGUGGUCGGAGGAGGGUCAUGCGCCCAGCGGAUCGGCCCUAGGCUUCGCGUCAGAAUAGUAUGCUUGUCUACUGAGGAUCACUUGUCUACUGGAUUCCCACUAUCCCACUAUCACCUACAAGAUUUGCUCCUGGAGUUGAGGCUGGCCUCUCACCAUGUCAAGCGAAGCAGAAACGACGAGUGUAAACAAUCAGCCUGUUCAGCCACAGACACCAGUGAAAUCACAACCUUUCAAAAAAGAGAAAAAGAAAGGAACAGAAAAGACGGAAGAAUUCCUUUUGGCCAGAUUUCAAGGUGAUGGUGUACGAUACAAGGCCAAACUGAUUGGUGUUGAUGAUGUUCCGGAAGCAAGGGGAGACAAGAUGAGCCAAGACUCCAUGAUGAAAUUAAAGGGAAUGGCAGUAGCAGCCCGUUCUCAAGGACAGCACAAGCAGAAAAUAUGGGUGAACAUCUCUCUUGCUGGGAUCAAGAUCAUAGAUGAAAAGACAGGGGUUAUUGAACAUGAGCACCCAGUCAACAAAAUCUCCUUUAUUGCCCGAGAUGUGACUGACAACCGGGCCUUUGGCUAUGUUUGUGGAGGAGAAGGGCAGCACCAGUUCUUCGCCAUAAAAACAGCACAACAGGCAGAACCUCUAGUUGUAGACCUGAAGGAUCUUUUCCAAGUCAUUUAUAACAUCAAAAGAAAAGAAGAGGAUGAUAAGAAAAAGAAUGAAGAGGCCAAUAAAAUUGAGAAUGGUAGUGAUGAGACAUCUUCUGAUCAAGCUGGCAAAAUGAAGCUGGCUGUUGACCAGAUGGAUCUGUUUGGAGACAUGUCUACUCCUCCUGACUUGAACAGUCCGACAGAGGAGAAUAAAGAGAUCCUGUUAGUGGAUUUAAACUCUGAAAUUGAGGUCCCUCCAGCUUCUCUCAAAGGGGAGGAACUUUUCUUGAAUGACAUCACACCUUCCUUACCACUGUCAAAGCCACAGCCAUCUUUCUUGCCCGAAAAUGCUUUCUCUGCAAACCUCAGCUUCUUUCCUACGCCCAAUCCUGACCCUUUCCGCGACGAUCCUUUCACGCAACCCGACCAAUUGGCACAGCCCUCACUUGAUUCUCCUCUCAAAUCUCCCAACCAGAAGAUGGGGAACAGUUAUGUAAAUGGGGAUGUAGAUUACUUUGGGAAACAGUUUGACCAGAUCUCUAACCGAACUGGGAAGCAUGACAAUCAGGUCAGCCAGUGGCCUCUUGAGACGAAGCCUGUCCAGCUUCCAAAUGGGAUACCUGAGAGAGAACAGAAUGGUUUCACUGCCAAAUCCCCACUAAAUGUCUUCGCGGAGAGCUCUUCCAAAGGAUUACCAGUGCAAAAUGGAUUACGGCUAGACUCCGAUAGCACCACCCAUUUGACGGCGCAUGACUCUAUAACUAUUAGCCCACCUCCACAGAGUUCCAAGCCGGGAAGAGGAAGGAGGACUGUUAAGAAUUCAGCCAAUGACUUGUUUGGCUCUGACAUCUUUGCUCCUGAACCGGCCUCAACAAGCACUCUGACCUCAGUAGCACAGCCAGCGCCGGUACAAACUAACCCUCUAGACCUCUUCAAGACCAGUGCGCCCACAGCAGCUCCCAUACCUGCACUAGGUGGCUUGCCAACGGUAACUUCCCCAACACCAGCAUGGGGGCCUCAACCUCCAGCUUUCAGCCAGCAGCUUCCGGUCUUUUCUGGAUCUGUUUUAAGUUCUCAGCCAGCAAGCUUUUCUCCACCUCUUGGUUUUGGUGCUCCUCCACAGGUUCCUAGCUGGAGCCAGACAACAUCUCUGGGAGUUACAAUCCAGCCUCCCGCUCCUGACCUCUGGGGUCAAUCUGCACGUAUUUCUCCUCCUAAUGCUUGGGGGCAACCACCCAGCACUGGAAACCCUUUCCAAGCCAACAUGUUCCCUUCCACGCUGGCAGCCCAGCCACCAUCUAUGUUAUCUUCCAUAUCAUCUACUAGUCCUCCACUUCCUCAACUGCCUCCCAGAACUGCACCUCAGAAAGAGCAAGUCAAGAAGGAGAGUGAUGCCUUCACUGCCUUGGAUCCUCUUGGAGAUAAAGAAAUAAAGGAUGUAAAGGAGAUGUUCAAAGACUUCCAGUUGACAAAACCGCCAGCUGUGCCGGCAAGGAGGGGAGAGCAACAGCAGCAACAAGUGCCACCAAAGCCCAUUCCCAGGCAAAAUGCUGUGUCACUUCCUAAACCUGCUGAAAGCUCAUUUGAAAAUCCUUUUAAGAUGGACCCUUUUGCUGCUUCCCCUCAAAAUGCAAUUACAGUUCAGCAGCAGUUGUCUUCUGCUCCAUUUGGUGAUCCUUUUGGAAAUCCAUUUGCCUAGGUUUGAUAGCAGAAUGGAGCAUAAGUGAACUGCUAUGGCAAGAGGAUGCAAGGAAUAACUGGACACCCCGUUACUAUCGUUGUUUUGUUCUUACUCCAGAUGCAUUCUAUUGAAUCCUUGGAUCAGAGACCAUGGAAGUAAUCUUCUGAGAGACCAAACUAAACUCCUCAUGCUCAUCAGCCUGGAUUGUUUUAUGUAACUGAACACACUAUGUGUCUCUUGUUGCUUCACUUUCACAUCUGUCAAGGUUCAGAACUGUAAAUGAAUGAGAGCUUGAAUAUCUUCCAGGUGGGACCCACACCAGUUUUAAUCACGUUCACACAAGGGAGAUGGAGCCCUGAUCUGAACUUGCAGCACUGAGUCACUUAGAACAUAAAUGGUCAACUACUAUUGUUGAGUCUCUUAGUCAUACAGCAAGGUUUUGAAACUUCCAACACUCCAUUUCACAUCCACCCAGUUUGUCAUGGCAUAAACAUGUCUAAAUUGUUGUAAAGGGGGAAAGUAUCAUGUGCGGCUUCCAACAGCUGGGUUUCAUGUGUCAAUUAUUGGCUCUAGUGCUGACAGUCAAAUGGAACUUUGGACACUUUCUUGUGGUGAUUGAAAUUAUUUUUGUUAACACAACUAGUGUUGGCCUCUAUCAAUAGUCUUAUUUCAUAAGCAAGUCAGUACUGAGAGAACAGAUAACCAAAUAAUCAGGUGUUUUCUUUAAAAAAAAACAACUUGGUGGGCACACUGUUAGCAGUUCAAAAGCAACUGUACUCCAAUUAGUCAAUCAGUUCAAAUUGUGAUUUUGACAAAAGAUAUGGCUGGAAUUAUAUUCUGAGUGAAAAUGUACCAUUGAAAAUAGGGCUGAGGUGUUUCUCAAACCCAAGUGUCUUUCUAUUAUGGAACUUAAAAUACAAACUUGAAGCAGUAUCCCUGCUUAAAUGUUUAGGUAAAUUUGGAGCUCUGCUUACUAGGCAAACCGUACAUCUCUAGCCAUUUGUUCUAACAGACAGGCAAUCUGCUCUGUACAUAAUGUACUGUACUUUCUUAUUAUGCAAAGAAAAAAGCUAUCAAUUUAUGUAUUUGUCUCAGACUGGAAAUGUACGAAUUUAUGGAUUGUGUUACACUGUAAAAAGUAGUUGUCAAGUGUUCUGACAAUUAAAUGUAACUUCAUUUCAAAAGUGA